AUGAUGCUGGCCCUGGAGGCAGGCAUCCGUUCUCCAGUAGGCAGCAGUGCGAGGCGAGGCGACCUUCCACAGCGAGAGAGCUGUGAGCCGAGGCUGGCCCAGAGGGAGGAGGGAAAGCCAGGCCGCACUUUACUGCCCGCGCGCCGCCAGCCGACUUCACUGUUUUACGGCCCGCCAGCUUGCAGCUGGACCAGGGCGACACGCGCGCCGCCGCCCCGCCCCUGCGCGCUACAUUUCACCAGCCCGUCCUGCAAAGGGCGGGAGGGCUGCCAGCUCGGGCCGAAGUGGCCUGCAGAGGCGCCGGCGCGCCGCGGCUCGGCGGACAAUGCUGAGCCCCCUUGUAGAGAUCACGGCGCCUCCGGCCGGAAUCCUUCCCUUCCGACGGGCUCCCAGAUCCCGGCAGCCUGGGCACUCCACGUCCCUCACAGCGACCCUUCUAGUCCGGCACCGCCGCCGCAAAGGGCUCUAGUGGCCCACCGGUCUGCAUUCAGGGCCGGAAUGACGUCCUUCGGACGCAAGCACCAGCGGCAGGGCAGGGGACUCGGCGCCAUUGGCGUCAGCUCCUGUGCUGGAAGCGGCGGUGGACGCAGCGACGCGCCACUAAUGAAGCGGACCGCCGCCCCCCGCCCCCCGGAACCCUUUACAUUCCAGCGCACCGGCUACCCCCCGCCCCCUCCCAAUUACGCAUGA